CGCGCAUUUCUGCUGUCCAAAAACGGAAGACCGCGCCAAGCUUUUUCUUCUGAAUGUUUUCAUGUGUCUCCUUCCACCAACCCUCUCGCAGCGAAACAUGUAUCAGCUGUUAACUAAUAAUGUUUAUUUAAAAAUGUAAACAAAACCAUACGUUUGCUCGGAGGAAACCAUGGGUGACGCCAUCGACCUUAACCUUUUCCCCUCCUGCUACAACUGCCUCGCUUGGUCCGACGACGGCGAGCUUGCAGUGGCAGCGGGCGACUCUGUACACUUACAACUCCCCCAGUGGAAGCCCACCUGGGUCCAUCCACUAUUUGAAAAAGAAAAAUCCCUACCGUGGACGUCAGCCAAGAUCCGCACGAAUCUGUUCACGCACGCCGAAUGGGAAGUCGCAUGGCCCUCGGACCGCGACAGUUUCUCGAUCGGCGCUGAGCAAUCGCUGAGCACUGUCGGUGCACUGGCAUGGUCGCCGCCGGGCUUGGGUAGACAUCGCCGCUGUGUGCUGGCCGUGUUGACGUCGAAUUUGUUGUUGUCGUUUUAUGAGGCCGAUGGCCGACGCAAGACGUGGUCGCGUGUGGCCGUUGUGAAUCACGCGCUUGACGCGUAUUUCCGGGCGCAUGCGAAACAGCAUGGCCAUGGCGAGACGGGCAGUGCCGUGAGGAAGAGUAGGGUGAGGGCGUUUGCGUGGUGUCCGCCGUUGAAAAGGGAGGAAGGGGAUGGUGAGUUGGCGCGCUGGGGUGAACAGUUGCUAGUCGUGUCAACGGAUGAUAACGAUGUUGUGCUUGUGAGAGUGAUGAGGAAUGGCUUGAAGUCGAUUACCGAGGAUCAGUAUGUGCUGAAUGUCGUCGCGCAUAUACACGUCAAUCAGCCGGGUGUUAGGAAGUUUGGUAUGGUGUGUGGCUCGUCGCUGUGGGCUGAUGCGUUGGAGAUGAGGGCUAGGGUAUUACAUCUUUCAUGCGGGCCGUGGAGGAGAGCCGUAAGGGUUGAUGAGGAAGGGGAUUCAGUAGAUGGGUCUGGGGCUAUGGUUGCUCUGGUUUAUGGCUCCAGACUGCAGUUUAUCAACGUCCAUGCCGCUGCUGGUGAGAGUGACCGGGAUCAGUGGGUGAGAGCGCACCUUUCAAUGGCUCCGGAUGCGCUGUUUUCAAAGCUGAGUCUGGACGGUGUUAACUUCACUGGCCCAUUGCAAUGGAUUCCUUCAAACGGGAAUAUUCUGCUAGUCGCAGGCUAUCUCGGCGGACGAGUAACGCUCCGGUUCGAUACCAGCGCGUAUGUAAACCAUCCACAAAACAAGAAAGCAAGCAAAAAGAGCGUACUAUUUCAUCAGCGCUCGUUUCAAGAACAAGGUGACGGGUUCAUCAGCAUGGGGGCGACAUACUACCAACACAAUGAGCCAAUGACCGGAAUAGUAGCAGCCGGCGAACUCGACUCUCCGACGGUCUACAUGGCUACUCUCGGCCCGGUCUCUGAAACCAUCGCUCUGUCCAUCCUCGGUACGUCUCUGGAAGACACCGUAGGCAUACAGCGCAUCCCCUGGAAAGAACGGAUGGAACGCUACAGACAACGCUACGACAUCCAAUACGAACUCGGCGACAUGGCCAUCGUACGCACAUGGGGCCUAGCCACAUUCAACGGGUGGCUGGCCGUUGCAUUCACCAUGCAUCCCGGCGAUACACUGGAAUACAUGACCAAAGCAGAAGAAAACACCACCAUCCUCUUUGUACCCCCUGCGCCAGACACACCGUUCCCCAAACCACCCGACACUUCCGAAGAACACAUCGCGAAUGUACGCGACGAAAUACUACAUUACAUCCUCUCCUCCGCCCGCGACGUUCGCAGGGACGAUAUACGCUCUGCCAAAGUGCUCUACGCGGCAUGCAUGUGCGCCAUCAUCUCGCACCAUCCAGACGACAGAACAUCAGACCCCCUCCUCUCCUUGACCCACCAAGCUCUCUCCCACCUGUCCUCCCUUUUCAGUUUCCCCGCCACCGACGAGCUCGCCUAUUGUACCGGCACAACCCCGCUCCCUACACAAACCCAUGAGGGCCGAACCACCCCUAUCCUCCCCGCAAAACCACUCCCUGGUCUUCAAGGCCCCGGCGGCUUCCUGUGGGAGACAUGCCAGACCUGUCUCCGACGAACAGGGCAGAGCAUAGGCCUGAGCUGGCACGGAUAUGAUCGAUCGAUGUGCGAAAACGGGCAUCGGUGGAACCGAUGUAACCUGACAUUUCUCUCCAUCCAAGAACCAUACAUCGCCCCCUUCUGCUCAGUCUGUGACAAAAGUAUUCUCGGCCGCGAUCGCGGCGUGGCGUAUUCCCUCGAACGCGCGUUUGAGGACAUGGAGAUGACUGAUGCCCCCGGCCUCACAGAAGAAGACCCUACCCAACCUGAGAAAGAGAAAGCAGAAAAGGUAAAGAGGGAGGAACAAAAUAAUGGCGAUAAUAACGAAGAAAAAGACAGGAAAGAGGUUUAUGAUCGGCUAUAUGAUCGUUAUGACGUUUGCGCUUAUUGUGGCGGGAAGUAUCAGGACCAGUUAUGAGUGAUAUUUACUUGAGAUCUAUAAUAAGCAACAUUGCAACUUGAUGGUGUCAUUCCUAUUUCAAUACGUAUGUCUGUAUGUAUAUUGAUACCCCUCACACAGAGACACCUGGAAAAUCUGAUAUUAUCUUCAUAUCAUCCUCGAUGACACGUA